GUAAGGUUGAGAGGCGCAGAGCGAGAGGCCGCGUGGGGGGGAAGGCGGCGCCGGGCCAGUGAGGCCCGCGGCGGGAUAUUCCUAGGCGGCGAAGGCGGAGUUGCCAUCUUGGGAUCCCAUGGCUUUCUCUAGCGGGCUCUGGGGCCCCUGCGUCCACAUGAGCAGAGCAUUCAGCCAGCGCUGUUUCAGCACCACUGGCAGCCUUGGCGCAAUUCAGAAGAUGACGCGGGUGCGUGUGGUGGACAACAGCGCCCUGGGGAACACCCCUUACCAUCGCCCUCCUCGCUGCAUCCACGUCUAUAGCAAGAACGGGGUGGGCGAGGUGGGCGACCGGAUCCUGCUGGCCAUCAAGGGGCAGAAGAAGAAGGCGCUCAUCGUGGGGCACCGCAUGCCUGGCCCCGCAGUGACCCCCAGGUUUGACUCCAACAACGUGGUCCUCAUCGAGGACAGUGGGAACCCAGUGGGGACCCGAAUCAAGACACCCAUCCGCACCAGCCUCCGCCGGAGGGAAGGCGAGUGUUCCAAGGUCCUGGCCAUCGCUCGGAACUUCGUGUGAGCGGAGCCCAAGCGC